CAGCUCGAGUUGGCGCGGUUGGCGUCAGUUUUUAUCGGUGCCUUUCGUUGGGCGGACGUGUUUCGGAGACGAUUUGUGGCGGAUAGUGUUAGCUUUUUUUGUUGUUGUUGUAUUGCGUGUGUACAGACAAUCGUGAGCGUUGAAAUAUCGGAAAGAUGUGAAAAUAAAUAAGUGACACGAAAGGGGCGCAUUAUAGGGUGUCUCGAGCACGUGGAACAGCGGCAUCCCCGAGAUCUAAACCGAUCACCAUGCGCGUUCCAAGAUUUUUACGACAGUUUAAGCGUUCCUCACACCGAAAGCCCCUGUUCGGUGAGUUGAUCGUGAAGCUACUGUUCAUCGUUUGCUGCAUUAUAAUCACGGUGCUGCUGAUCAUUCACAAGUACGACAAUUUGGAUAACUUCAAGCGUACGCUCUACUACCGCUACACCGACGAUGGUGAUGAGUUCUUUGCGUUGCCUCGCAACAUCGGCGGCGAAAAGAUGGACUGGCAUAAUUAUGAACUGAUGGAGGAAGAGCGGAAGCGGGUGGGACCGGGUGAGCAGGGCCGCCCGUACAAGCUGACGAGCGAAAGAGAUAUCGCACUCAACGAUAAGUUGUUCAAGGAGAACGGAUAUUCGGCGGUCGUUAGUGACAUGAUCGCGCUUAAUCGCUCGGUACCGGACAUACGGCAUCCGAAUUGCCGCACAAAGGAAUAUCUGAAGGAACUUCCAACGGUUAGUGUGAUCAUCAUCUUCUACAACGAACACUGGAGUGCUCUGCUGCGGACGGUGUACAGCGUGCUGAAUCGAUCGCCACCAGCGCUGCUGAAGGAGAUCAUACUGGUCAACGAUCACAGUACGAAACCGUUCCUUUGGACGCCGCUGCGAGAGUUCGUGGAAUCGGAGCUGAGCCCAAAGGUGCGGCUAGUGGAUCUACCGGAGCGGUCCGGAUUGAUUGUCGCUCGGAUGGCUGGAGCUCGGGAAGCACGGGGCGAUGUGCUGAUCGUGCUGGAUUCUCAUACAGAAGUCAACACUAACUGGCUUCCUCCACUGUUGGAACCCAUCGCGGAAGACUACCGUACCUGCGUCUGUCCCUUCAUCGAUGUGAUCGCACACGACACGUUCCAGUACCGCUCACAGGACGAGGGCAAACGUGGCGCGUUCGAUUGGAAGUUUUACUACAAACGAUUGCCACUGCUGCCCGGUGAUCUUGACGAUCCGACCAAACCCUUCAACAGUCCGGUAAUGGCGGGCGGACUGUUCGCUAUCAGUGCCAAAUUCUUCUGGGAGCUCGGUGGAUACGAUGAGGGCCUAGACAUCUGGGGCGGUGAGCAGUACGAGCUGAGCUUCAAAAUCUGGCAGUGUGGAGGACGGCUGGUCGAUGCACCCUGUUCCCGGGUCGGGCACGUCUACCGUGGGUACGCACCGUUCGGCAAUCCACGGGGCGUUAACUUUGUGGUGCGCAACUUCAAGCGCGUCGCCGAGGUGUGGAUGGAUGAGUACAGCCAGUUUCUGUACGAGCGUAAUCCACAGUUUGCCAAGACGGAUCCGGGUGAUUUAGCUAGCCAGCGGGAGCUACGCGACCGAUUGCAGUGCAAACCGUUCAAAUGGUUCCUGGAGGUGGUAGCGCCGGAUUUACUCGUACGCUAUCCACCCCGCGACCCACAACCGUUCGCAUCCGGCCGGGUGCAGAGUAUGGCCAAUCCGAAGCUUUGCCUAGACUCGCUGAACCAUCAGGCGAAGGAACCGAUCGGACUGUACGCGUGUGCCGCAAACAAAACUCACCCACAGAACAAUCAGUUCUUUACGCUGUCUUACCAUCGGGACAUACGAGUGCGUAGCAACGAUAAGUGUUUGGAUGCGUCCAAGCUGGGCGAUGAGAUUGUGCUGUUUAGCUGCCACGAGUCUCAGGGCAAUCAAAUGUGGCGCUAUGAUUAUGAAUCGAACAUGAUCAUCCACGGUAAGGACCAUCUUGGGCGAUGCCUUGAAGCGGAUCUCUCCACCAACAAGUUGUUCCUCAGAAGCUGUGAUAAAGAGAAAUCGUCUCAGAGGUGGAGCUGGGGCUACAUCAACUUUGUACACCUGCAGAAUUGGGAUGUUUAUGGAGCUAAGUUUUUAUAGUGAGAGUUACGAGCAUGCCACUUGUUGCAUUACUUGAGUGCCUUGAAAGAGAAAAAACGAGGGACAUGUGCCAAAAUGAAAUGGCCGAAUUGUGAAGUAUUUUGGUUAAUCAAAUCCAUUUUAGUGUUUGUGUGAGUGUAAGUGUCUCAGUGAUUGAUAGCACAUUGAACAGUCUUAUUGUACCAUAUGUUUGUAAAAUUUAAAUUAAACAUUUAAUUCAUCACAAUUACUUAUGUAUAUAAUUUCGAUUGUUUUAGAAAAUACCCCAAUUUAAUUAGGAAAUAGAAUUAAAAUUAAAUUAGGUUAAACUAAUUGCAAUCUAUCAUGAAACUCCUAUCGAUUUGCCAUAGCCAUUAAUUAUGAUAAAUAAAAAUAUAAUUGCUGUAAAUUGUAUGAC